CAUAGUUGCAGAGCCCAAGAGAUUGAUUUAUGUAAAUGACUUUCUUCAAUCCCUUCUCUAUUCCCAUCGUUUUUCUUUCCAUACUUAGCUUCCUCAACCUGACGACUCCUGCACCUGGUGCAAACUACCUAUACCAUAUUUGUGCAAACACCACUUUCAGCGCCAAUAGUCUCUACAAAUCUAGUCUCAACUCCCUCCUCUCUUCACUCUCUUCCAACGCCACACACAACCUCGAAUUCUACAACACCACAGCUGGCCAAAGCACCUCCAACCCUCUCUACGGCCUCUUCCUCUGCCGCGGCGACGUCACGUCGGAAAUCUGCCGAGGAUGCGUGGCCGCUGCAACCAAAGAUAUUGCCAAUAAGUGCUCCAGGGAAAAGGUCGCUGUGAUUUGGUACGACGAGUGCAUGAUACGUUACUCAAAUGAGUCGAUUUUCUCCACUGUGAUCGUAAGGCCUGGAGUGUACUUGUUGAACGAGCAAAAUAUAACCAACCAGGACCAGUUCAAUAAGCUAGUGAACACCACGAUGACUAGCUUGGCAGGUCAGGCAUCUGAUGUUCCCAUCGGUGCUAAGAAGUUUGGGACCAACAAAGUGAAUAUCUCUGCUUUUCAAACGCUGUACAGCCUUGUACAGUGUACACCGGACCUGUCCAGCACUGAUUGCAAUCUGUGUCUUCAAACAGCAAUAAACCGUCUACCAAUAUGUUGUGGUGGAAAACAAGGGGGAAGAGUACUGUUUCCCAGUUGCAAUAUUAUAUACGAAUUGUAUCCUUUUUACAAUACACCUGGGCUUCAACCUCCACCACCUCCAACUUCCGUAGGUGGACAAGAAGGAAAAAGCAAAAUGUCAACAGCAACAAUAGUCGCCAUAGUUGCUCCAAUUUCUAUCUCCAUGGUUCUAUUCAUUGUGGGCUGCUGUUUCCUAACAAGGAGAGGAAAGAAGAAGGACAAUGUUGUUGAAGAAGAAAGUGCAUGUGAUAUUACAACUGUAGAGUCCUUGCAAUUUGAUUUUGUUACAAUCGAAAGUGCCACCAACAAAUUCGCAGGGGAUAACAAGCUUGGGGAAGGUGGAUUUGGUCAGGUUUACAAGGGAACAUUUCCUAAUAAACAAGAAAUAGCCGUGAAGAGGUUAUCAAAAAGUUCUGGACAGGGUACAGAACAAUUUAAGAAUGAGGUUCUAGUGGUUGCCCAGCUUCAACAUAGAAAUUUAGCAAGGCUAUUGGGAUUUUGCAUGGAAAGGGAAGAAAAGAUACUCGUUUAUGAAUUUGUGCCCAACAAGAGUCUUGACUAUAUUCUAUAUGACCCUAAAAAACAAGGACUAUUGGAUUGGUCAAGACGUUACAAUAUAAUAGGCGGGAUUUCUCGAGGAAUUCAAUAUCUUCACCAAGAUUCUCGAAUUCGAAUUAUACAUCGUGAUCUCAAAGCUAGCAAUAUAUUAUUAGAUGCAGAUUUGAAUCCAAAAAUUUCAGAUUUUGGCAUGGCAAGGAUAUUUGGAAUUGAUCAAACUCAAGGAAACACAAGUAGAAUAGUGGGGACAUAUGGUUAUAUGUCUCCAGAGUAUGCAAUGCAUGGAAAAUUCUCUGUGAAGUCAGAUGUGUAUAGCUUUGGUGUCUUGGUCCUAGAGAUAAUUAGUGGCAAGAAGAAUAGUAAUUUCUUUGAAUUAGAAGGUGCUGAGGACCUGUUAAGCUAUGCUUGGAUGAAUUGGAGGGAUGGUAGACCCUUGGAAUUGUUGGAUCCAAUUUUGGGAGAUUCCUUUUCAAGAGAUGAAGUCAUGAGAUGCAUUCAUAUUGGUUUACUAUGUGUUCAAGAAGAUCCAGCUGAAAGACCCACCAUGGAGACCAUAGUUCUCAUACUUAAUAGCAGCUCUAUUACAUUGCCAUCACCUCAACAACCAGCAUUUUUUGUUAAAAAAGAUACCAAAAAGCCAAGAAAGGGCCUGGAGUCUAAUAAAUCUACAAGCAAGUCAAUGCCAUUGUCUGUUAAUGAAGCGUCCAUUACUAAACUGCACCCUCGAUAGUUAUAUUCCCUACUUAAGGGUCCAU